GAAACAGCUGUUUGUUAACACCCCCGAGCAUCAUGGCCGCUCCCAGUCCGAUGGAGCCGUUGAAAAUGACAUUUGUUGGGUAAAAUGCGAUCAAACAGUGCCUAAAUAUCCUCCGUUUGUACGACGAGCGUAAAUAUCGCACACGCAAUUCAAUUAUAUUUCACGUUGCCUGUAUACACCGUUUCAGAGAUGACUGUCGUGUGAUUCCCUUCUGCGAAUGUCCCUCCUACGCUACUUGUCUUUUACAGAUAGUAACCAGUGUUUUGUUCAGACAUUAUUCGAGAUAAUACACGUAUCGCAUUGUCAGGACAUGUUACAAUGAUGCCGAUAAAGGAUAACCAGGAUGUGGCGUGUUUUUUGGUCACCAAACACUCAUGGAAGGGAAAGUACAAACGUAUUUUCUCAAUUGGAUCCAUGGGUAUAACAACAUAUAAUCCUACUACAUUGGAAGUAACGAACAAAUGGGAAUACUCAGAUUUUAUUAGUGUGCAACCAGCAAACAGAAAUCAAUUAGGCUCACAUGAAUUUAGUAUCACAAUGCGCAAAGAUCGCAAGGUUGACAAUAUGAAAUUUAGUUCAGAAUACAGAGCUGACUUGUUAACUGAGGCUCUAAAAUAUAGGAACCAAUUUGUUGAAAAACCUAAAGAAAUUCUAAGAUACCAAGCUUACAAACACCAUUGGUCUGAUACAAGAUUACCCGUUGUAUUAGAAGUAACACCAUACAGUCUUGACCAAUUAGAUCCAGCAACCAAUAUGGUAUUAGCAAGUUAUUAUUACAAAGAUUUUGAAGGGAUUGCUACAAUGAAAGACUACCCUAAUGGAUUUGUCAUCGUAUGUGGUGGAUUUGGACGUUUGCAUCUGUUUGCCUCUCAACACAUGGAAGAAAUUAAAAAAAAGCUGCACGAAUCAGCCAUGAACAAUUUAGGUAUCACCAUAAAAGUUUUGAAAGAACCAAUCAAAUUAGACGAUUUCGUUGCACAAAGAUUGGGUAAAUUUAGUGGAGAUGACCAUAUAACGAGUGUUUCAGAGUUUACUGUUCACAAAUAUUCAUCAAGACAUAUAGAUCCACAAAGAAGAACUCUUUGUCUUUCUGAUACCUGCUUAUUGGAGAGAGAUCCUCAGACAUACAAUGUCUGCACUCUUAGACCUUUGUCGGACAUUUUUGCGUUAAUCCGUGAUAAUGAAAAUCCACAACUAUUUACCAUACAAUAUCUUAAUAGCCAAACACGCAGUUACACAGCGACUGAUAGGGAUUCUUUACUGGCGUCAUUAUUAGACGGUGUUAGAGCAUCUGGUAACAGAGACGUGCAUGUUAGAAUGCAUCCGGUACCGAGAGGAAAAAGACUUGGAUCUUUCAAUUUGCCGGUAGAUGAGGAAGUUGAAACAUCUCACGUUAAAUUUCUGCACCAACCGCCUAGUGGACGUACAUUUCAUGAAAUUCUGGAAAGAUUUAAUGCAAACAUUCCCUACAGUGGUUUGAAUUAUUCUGUGACCCAAGAUGAUGUUACACCGCUUGAAUGGACUGUAACAACAUUACAACUCCAAUUAAAUCAUGUGAUCCUAAACUACUUACAGGGUCUUUUUACUGAAAAUAAAGAUAAAAUUAUCCUCAGUGCUUUAAAUGCGGUGGUGAAUAAAGAUUUAGAACUGAAUAGUGAAAUAGAGGCGCAGUUUCAUGUUUUAAGAAGACUAGUCGCCAGUAAAAUUGGUUUCACUGCAUUUACAACACUUCCCGGAUUCAGAGAAGCAAUUGGCCAUAAAGUUGUAAAAGCUUUAAAAAGACAAGAUUAUGCUGUGACACAGGCUGCUAUAGAUUGCAUCUGCGCUCUAAUGCAGCCAAUGCACGACGAUUGUGAUUUAAGACAAGAACAAUUAAAUAAGAGCAGCCUUCUCAGCAGUAACAAGUUCUUGGAAAGUUUACUUGAUAUGUGGGUGAUCCAUGUUAACCAUGGUACAGGUGCUCUGGUAGUUUCUGCCAUGCUUGAUCUUCUGACUUUUGCCUUGUGUGUACCAUAUAGCGAAACAACUGAUGGCAAACAUUUCGAUAAUCUUCUAGAAAUGGUUGCCUCAAGAGGCAGGUCCCUUUUCAAAUUGUUUCAACAUCCAUCACUGGCCAUUGUCAAAGGUGCAGGUUUAAUCAUGAGAGCGAUUAUCGAAGAGGGUGCACCAGAGGUUGCAGCGAAAAUGCAAGAACUUGCGCUUGCUGAAGGAGCUUUGCCAAGACAUUUGUUAAAUAGUCUUUUCACUGCUGGUACCGACGGUAGGCUGUUAACACAUAGACAAUUGUGCAGGCAUCUUGUAGGACUCUGGAUUACAGGACAUCCUACAGCUAUGGGUCUAUUGAAAAGAAUUAUGCCUGUUGGUUUAUUAAAUUACUUAGACUCCGAUGAGAAGAUUCCCGAGUCUUUCCUCGAGAAAGAGAGGUUGAACAACCGUGACAAUUUGAAAAUAGCAAUAGAUCAUGCAUCAAAAAAUAAAAAGAAUCCACAGUGGAUCGUGAUUGAGCGUCAGAUGCGCGUGGUUGAGAAGCACGUCGAGCAUGCUCUUCAGCAUUGGGGAGCCAGGAUUGGCAUUGAGCGCAAAGAGAAAAUUAAAGAACGUCCAAUAGUAUUAAGAAAACGACGAGAGAGGAUUAAAUCAGAGGCGAAUUGGAAUCUGUUUUAUUAUAAAUUUAAUCAGGAUCAUUCACUGCCGAAUUUAAUUUGGAAUCACAAGACACGGGAGGAACUAAGAACAGCACUUGAGAACGAAAUUCGCGCUUUCAGUUCUGACAAAGAUUUGGCUGGCGGAACGCUCAUAGCCUGGAAUCAUAGAGAAUUUGAAGUACAGUAUCAGUGCCUGUCAGACGAAGUGAAGAUCGGCGACUAUUAUUUGAGACUUCUGUUGGAAAGAGAUAGUCCGGAUAGCCCAAUAAGAAAAUCGUAUGAAUUUUUUAAUGACUUGUAUCAUAGAUUCAUAUUAACAACAAAAGUUGAAAUGAAGUGCCUUUGCUUGCAAGCAAUGACUAUAGUAUAUGAACGAUAUUUCGAAGAUAUUGGUCCAUUUUCGGACACAAAAUAUAUUGUCGGGAUGCUGGAACGUUGUACGGACAGAAUGGAACGUGAUAGGCUAGUCAUGUUUAUAAAUAAACUUAUACUGCACAGAAGAAACGUAAAAGACAUUAUGGAUCAAAAUGGAGUACGCACACUAGUAGAUCUUUUAACAUUAGCCCAUUUACAUACAUCGCGAGCGGUCGUGCCAACGCAAACCAAUGUGAUAGAGGCAGGACCACAGCAACAGCUAGUUAUGGAGAAAGAAUGGUACUACAAUGACGGAGAUCAACGGAAAGGUCCGAUUAGUCUAAAAGAUUUGAAAGAACAGUAUUUAACGAGUCAGAUAACGUAUAAAACCAAAGUUUGGGCACAAGGACUGGACGGCUGGCGAAUGAUUUCGCAGGUCCCGCAAUUAAAAUGGACAUUAGUGGCAAAAGGAACACCAGUAAUAAAUGAAAGUGAAUUGGCAACAUUAAUUUUAGACAUCCUAAUCAAAAUGUGUGAAUAUUUUCCAAGUAGGGACGUUGACGACGCAGUAAUCAGACCUCUGCCGCGUAUGAGGCGGUUAUUAUCUGAUCUUCAGUGCCUACCUCACAUUGUUCAACUUUUAUUAACUUUUGAUCCGAUUUUAGUUGAGAAGGUAGCUACUUUGUUAUGCGAAAUAAUGCGGGAUAACGCAGACGUUUCAAAGAUCUAUCUAACUGGUUGCUUCUAUUUCAUACUGAUGUAUACUGGUUCUAAUGUUUUACCAAUAGCAAGAUUUUUACAAUUAACACACACGAAACAAGCAUUUAGAAGCGAUGAUAACGUCGCUUUCGAUAUUAUGCAACGUAGUAUUCUUGGCCAACUGCUACCCGACGCAAUGGUGAGUUAUUUAGAAAACCAUGGUGCAGAAAAAUUUGCGCAAAUAUUCCUUGGUGAUUUCGAUACGCCAGAAGCUAUCUGGAAUGCUGAGAUGAGAAGAAUGCUAAUCGAAAAAAUAGCAACGCAUAUUGCGGAUUUUUCACCAAAAUUAAGAAGCCAUACCAUGGCGCGAUAUCAGUAUAUUGCUAUACCUGCAAUCAGAUAUCCUCAAUUAGAAAAGGAAUUGUUUUGCCAAAUAUUUUAUCUGCGACAUCUGUGCGACACCAUCAAAUUCCCACAAUGGCCUAUUCCUGAACCAGUACGACUAUUUAAAGACGUAUUGGAGACUUGGAAGAAGGAAGUAGAGAAGAAACCACCGUUGAUGACAGUGGACGAAGCCUACAAGGUUCUUCAAUUAUCUCACGGGAAACAACACAACGAGGCUGAAGUUAGAAAAUCAUACUACAAACUUGCGCAAAUGUAUCAUCCUGAUAAAAAUCCUCAAGGAAGAGAUAAAUUUGAAGCAGUCAAUCAAGCGUACGAAUUCUUAUGCAGUCGGAGUUGUUGGUCCACGGACGGUCCAAAUCCCGACAAUAUAGUGCUAAUUUUAAGAACGCAGAGCAUUCUUUUCCAUAGAUAUUCCGACGAGCUUAGGCCGUAUAAGUAUGCCGGUUAUCCUCAGCUAAUCAAAACAAUUAAAUUAGAAACGGACGACGAUCAAUUGUUUUCAAAGUCCACGCCGCUACUUGCCGCUGCCAGUGAACUAGCAUAUCAUACGGUACAAUGUUCUGCGUUGAAUGCGGAAGAACUCCGCAGGGAAGGAGGAUUAGAUGUUCUGUUAGAAGCUUAUACAAGAUGUGUUUCUGUAUUAAACAAAUCAAGUAAGCCCAAUGAUGUGGCGGUGCAAGUCUGUAUGCAUAUUACAAGGUGUUUCUCAGUCGCCGGCUCGUUCAGAGGUUGCAAAGAUAGGAUUAUUGAGUUACCACAACUGGUUAAGGACCUUUGUAGAAUAUUACAUUUCAAGCAUUUAACGAAGUUGUGUUCGGUGGCUACAGAAUGCAUCUCUUCCCUUGCAUCGGACAGCGUUCUCCAAAUGCAGUUGCUACAAUCUGGUGCUCUAUGGCAUUUAUUGCUCUUUAUGUUUAAUUAUGAUUACACGUUAGAAGAAGGUGGUGUUGAAAGGAAUCAAGAUGAAAAUCGUCAAGAAGUAGCAAAUAAUUUAGCCAAGUUGGCUGUACGAGCUUGUGCCAGGCUAGGUGGUUAUAUGACAGAGGAAAACGAAACACCUGUUAAUCCUGUUACUGUCGCUGCUUUGGAAAGUUUGUUAACACCUUAUUUAGCUCGGCAGCUUGGUAAAAACAAGCCAGAGGAGAUACUAAAGAUUUUGAACUCGAAUUGUUCGAAUCCGUAUCUAAUUUGGGACAAUGGAACGAGAGCAGAAUUGAACGAGUACUUGGAAGCUAAACGACAGGAAAGACUAAACGGAAGCGAGACUUUCGAGCAUGAUUUUAGUGACUUCAAAUAUACUGCUCACGGGGAUGAACUUAUUAUUGGAGAAAUAUUUGUAAAAGUGUACAAUGAGCAACCCGUAUUUCCAAUAGAGAACCCGAAAAGUUUUACCAUUAAUUUACUAGACUUUCUGUCUCAAUCGUGGGAGUACUUGACAUCAGUAGGAAACGUGGCAAUGGCUAAGAAGGAUCAGAAGAAAUUAGAAUAUAUUGUGAUGUCUUUGGAAGCUUUGAAGAAUGUGAUCAAAAAUAAUCCUGGAGUAGAAUUGCAGUGCAUAGGCCAUUUCAGAUUACUAUUUGGACUUCUAAGUAGUAACAAUUUUAAGUUGAUUCAAAAGAAUGCUUUGGAGGUGAUCAGCAGUGUUACAAGAAAUCAAGAAUGUGUAGACGAUAUCGCAGCGAAUGAUGUUAUGGUAUAUUUGUUAUUAACUUUAAAUAAUUUGAAGGAUUGUCAGCUUCUUGUACUAGAAACUUUGUAUGCUCUGAUGAGUUCUACGAGAAUUGUAAAGGACGCGUUAGCUAAAGGUGCUGUUGUAUAUGUUCUCGAUCUAUUCUGUAAUUCAAAUAAUACACAAAUUCGUGAAACGGCUGCUGAACUGCUCGGCAAAAUGUCAUCCGACAAGUUGGCCGGACCAAAAGUCAAAUUGGAUUUGUCUAAAUUUUUACCUAGAUUAUUUAGCGAAGCAAUUCGAGACGCUCCUAAACAAUGCGUGCAUAUGUUCGAAACUAAGCACGAGAAUCCUGAAUUAAUUUGGGACGAUCAUGCCAAAGCUAAAAUCUCGAGGAUUGUAGCUGAAUUGAAAGAGGAAUUUUACACAUUACAGAGGCGAAAUCCUAAUGCAAUAUUAAAACUACCUGAGACCCAAAGUAAUACUGACAUCGCAACAAAUGAGCCCGUUGUGGGAGGUGUAUAUCUUAGAUUAUUUGUAGCCAGUCCUGCAUGGGCUCUCAGAAAGCCGAAAGAAUUUUUAAGUGAACUUAUGGAUUCAACUUUGACACUCAUGUCCAAAGAAAAAACCGAUUCGGACAUGUUGGAAUUAACGACGCAAGCACUAGUAUCUUUACUUCAAGCACAACCGAUUUUAGCCGACCAAGUUCCGUCGUUAGGACACAUACCUAGACUUUGUCGACAAAUGGCAAUGCAAAAUAAUCAACCAUCCGUGUAUAAAACAGCAAUAUUAAUACUUCAUCAAUUAGCAACCAGCGAAAUUUGUAUAUCAUCCAUUUGUCAAACCGAGUGUAUAAGUCCAUUAAAACAUGCGAUGCAAUCUAGACGGGAUAUGAUAGCGAUAGCGUGCGAGACGCUAAAUAGGCUAUUCUCCACUAAUGAAGAUAGACUCAUAAAACAAGCUUUGGACGCUGAAAUGGUACCUUAUUUACUGAACAUAUUGGAGGGUCGAUUGGACGCCAUUGAAAACCCUGCAACAACCAAAGCUCAAAUAGUUAAGGCUUUGAAAGCUAUGACUAGAAGUUUAUUGUUAGGAGAAAAAGUCAAUGCUAUAUUAGAAAAGUCGAGCGUUUGGGCAGAAUACAAAGAUCAGCGACAUGAUCUGUUCAUUUCUAAUGCCAAUAAUGCUGGUUACCUUACUGGAACACCGGUGUCUGCUGGUUAUUUGACGGCUGGCCCAAGCACCACCCUAACCGCUGGCCCGCCACCAGUUGACAAGGAAGAUAGUUUAAUUAGCAGAAACGAUAAUAUCUGAUAUAGGUAGCAUCGCAAGUAAAUAUGAGGGGCAGUUAAAAUGCCGAUCUUGAAAUUCCUAUCGGUAUGUCGUACCGGUGUAAAGACUACAUUGCCUGUGAUUUUCGGGUCCUUAAACUAAGGAAUUUAUCAAUCGAAUGUUUUUGUUAAAUUUACAUUUAUAUUAAGAUUAUUAUGGAUACAUAUAUAUAUAUAUAAAUAUUAUAUAAAUAUAAUGAUACUCUUUAUUAUGCUGUAUAGGCAGAUUACAUAAAUAUGUGUAAAGUAAUGUCAUUCUUUACGGCGGCGUUAGCGUGUGGCAAAAGAUAGUAUUCAAUGAAAGUCUAUUAUUGAACAAAUUUUUCUAGGAGAAUAUUUGUCUGAAUGAGAAACAAAAAGAAAAAUGAGAAGCCUCCCGUGUCGAUUGUAAAUGAUUCUUUUGUAAGGGACUCUUGUGUUGUACUUAGCGUAUCUUCCGACGCAAGUUUGUUCAUUGCUUACCACGGAAAUGAAUUUACGUUGCCGAGUGAAUACGUUCGUGACGAAUAAAGAGAUCGAAUAAUGCGGUUCCGUUUGCCGAACUUCCAAUGAGAGUAAGAAAAUUUGCAUGUCAUUUUGAGAAAUUGGAAUUAUCUGCGCUACACUUAGCGCAGAAUCUUUCAUAUGUAGUGCAACAAUGAUCACUGUGAUAGCGCAUCAAUCGUGAAGAGAAUGUAAUGGGAAUGCAUAUGCGUGAAUUGUUUUUCUGAUGUAAACGUGAUAUAAGUUGACAAACCCACAUUCCGUGCGAACGGAGGAACAACAUUUGAAGCAUUGCUGCUACAACCGAGCGCGAACGAUUGCAAUACUGUCCCGAAUAAUCACGGUUUCAUUUACACCAUUACUUAUUAAAAACGUUCUUGUACUCUCAUACACGAUCCACACUUCCACGAGCCGGUCGCCUGUCUCGGUAUAGCGAAAUGCUCUCGCUUAUUUCAAACACAUCGAGGAAUUCUCAUCGACAAACAUUUUACGUCUAACCAUACGAAUAAGAGAACAAACCGUUGUUUUAUACGUAGAGAAGUAUCCGAGGACACCGUUUUAUCUUAUACAUACGAAAUAUUCUUACUUUUUCAUAACGGUCUUCACGUCCAUUGAUUUUUUAACGAAUUUUCUAAGAAAAUAAAAAACACCAAGAAUGCCUGCUAACGAGAGACGAACGAUAUCGCGAAUAAAGAGCUCCAAGUGAUUGUGAAUAAUGAUUGUAAUGAAUGAUUGCAACGGAGAGUCGAGCGCACACUUUAUUGUACCUAUGAAGCGUGUGUUCUUGCUUCAUUUCUUUAUCGUUUAUGUUGCUGAAAUUUUUCUGUAUUAUAUCUGUAUUAUGUUUA